AUGGAUUUUGCGCAAGUCUCGAUUGCGAUUGUUGUGAUGGUGUUGGAUGAGGAAAAUAAUGAGAAUUAUCGCCUGGCCGUGAAUUCGAUUCGAUGCUACGCGGAAGUCCAAAAUUACACCUACAUCUACAUCGAUUACAGCAAGAAUGAAACUUUGCAACGGAUGUGCCCACAAAAAGAUUUUCUCUUCGCUCGCCAUUGCGUCAUGAUCGAUUUGAUGAAAAGAGAGCAAUUUGAGUUUUUCCUUUUCUUCGGCGCCGAUAAUGGAGUGAUCAAUCCAUUGAGAAGAAUCGAGGAGUAUCUACCCGUGAACCCGUUCGUAAACAUUUUGUUCUAUCAGCGUUUCUACAAUGACGAGAUCAUGGCCGAUUCGUACUUGAUUAGAAACACACAACAAUCUCUCGAUUUCCUACAACUUUGGGUCGAUUACUAUGAUCGAACGAAGAAUUUCGAGUGCAGUGGAACAGAUAAUGGAGCCAUACAGAGUGUGGUCAUCGAGUUUUUCGCACCCGAGUUCAACGCCUCGAUGGCAAUCUGUAAGAGGGAAUGGUCGCGCGGGAGCAAAUAUGCUCAUCUAUUCCGGUAUGAGGCUUGUGCUCAAUAUUUACUCUCACUGCUUCCCGAAAGUGAACUCAACAAGCGGGGAUUUCAUCUUUUCCAGAAAGGGCAAGGCUGGUCACGCGAUGGAUGGGUGACUGCAACAAAAUGGUGUCAAAGAGAUCUUUUCUUUCAUGGGUGGAAGAAGGAAAAACUCGGAUCAGAAUGGGAGCUUCCGUUUUCGAGUUGGAAUCGAUUUGAUCAAAAAUGCGAGAAGGGAGAGUUUUCCAGAUGGAGAUAUCGAUCCGAAUUCAAAGUCCCGUGUCUCGAGAUCGAUUUCCGUCUCCAUCAAUAUUUCUCCGAGAAACGCCUCCUUUACUAUAAAGCUCUACAAGAAAUUUUGCUCAUUUUUGCAAAUGUUGUUUCUAUUUUGCUCGCUGAAGAUCAAUUGCUUCUUGUACAAACGGUGUGGCGCCACGGUGACCGAACACCCGUUUGGAGCUAUCCGAGCGAUCCACUCAAAGACUACAAAUGGCCGGUUAAACCCGGGGAAUUGACACCGCGCGGCUUCGAUCAGCAGAGGCACCUGGGUGCGGCUUUCCGAGAACGCUACAUCAACGGACCCGAGCCUUUCCUGUCUUCAGUUUAUAGCCCAAAAGAGGUCUUCAUCCGAUCCACCAAUGUUAGCCGAACGAUCGCUUCAGCCAAAGCGAACAUGCUCGGGUUCUUCCCGAAUGACAUUGAAGCUGAUCUGACGAUGAAUCUAAUGGGGACAAACGAGAAAACCACAAUACCCAUUCACGUUAACAAUUUGGACACUGACUUCGCCGGUUUUGUACCGUUGUGCCCAAACUUUGAAAGGGAUUUGAAAAACUACUUACCUAUCACGGAUUUGCAGAAAGUCUAUCAAAAUCACAAGGCGGUGAUUGAUUUGGUCGUCCAGAAAACCGGCAUUUCGAUGGAUUUUGAGACAUUUGAGCCGUAUAUGGUCUACGAUUUGUUGCACAUACAGAGAGAAAUCUAUCAUCUCCGCACUCCCGACUGGGCUACUCCACAAGUGAUGUACGAGCUGAAACAGCUGACCAUCUGGAAAAUCGACUCAUACUUGGGAUAUGCUGAUCCACCCUCAGUGAAUAUCACAAGAUAUCGAGGUGAAAUCCUCAAAGAGAUGCUCGAUCGAAUGCAACAAAAGAUCACUUGCCACCAAAAUGGAAACAAAGGAGCUCAGUGUGCAACGAUUGGGGAUUUGAAGUUUUACGCAUAUUCAGCGCAUGACAUCACCGUUGCCGGUCUCCUCGCCACCUUGGGCAGCUACAUGGCCGUGCCGGGGCGUUUCCUUCGCUACACCGUUUGUGCGACUCUCGAAUUGUGGCUGAGAGAUGGGAAACCGUAUGUGAAAGUUCUUCUCCGGCCGACCCGUUGGAGCUCUUUCCACACGUUCACCCAAUUCACCACUGGUUGUCCGCCCGGUGCCGAGUUUUGCCCCUUCGAUAUAUUUUUACAAAGAAGUGCCCCGUACCUACCAGCUGACAUCAAAAAGGAUUGCGGUGUCUCU